GCUGGCAACACUGUAUUUCAUGUCGUGUAUUUAAGUGCAAACACAAUUAAAAAUUUUUCAAACAGUCCAAAAUGUUAUUCAGAUCAGUUAUACCGCUUGCCAUUUGCGCCUUAAGCUUGUCACCAUUUUUGGCAGCAGCUGCGACCGAUGAGGAGCAAAAGCAAACAGAUGAAAAGCAAUUUGCCGUCGAACUGGACCCGGAAACAUUUGACGAGGUUAUCGGUGCCGGCAAUGUCUUUGUGAAGUUCUUUGCGCCAUGGUGUGGUCAUUGCAAGCGAUUGCAUCCAUUGUGGGAGCAGUUGGCUGAAAUAAUGAACAUUGAUGAUCCCAAGGUGACAAUUGCCAAGGUGGAUUGCACCAAGCAUCAAACGCUCUGUGCCGAUCAUCAAGUGACCGGUUACCCAACCCUGCGCCUCUUUAAGCUCGGCGAGAAGGAAUCCAUUAAGUUCAAGGGCACACGGGAUUUGCCAGCGAUAACAGAUUUUAUUAACCAAGAGCUCAACACACCCGCCGAGGAGGAUUUGAGCGAACAGAACGCUGUGGAUGGUUCUGAUGCAAAUCCCAAUGCUGGCAAAGUGGUUGAUCUCACUGAGGAUACGUUCGCCAAGCAUGUGUCCAGUGGCAAUCACUUUGUGAAAUUCUUUGCACCCUGGUGCAGUCAUUGUCAGCGUCUGGCGCCCACCUGGGAUGAAUUGGCAAAGGAACUAAUCAAAGAGACAGCGGCAACGAUUUCCAAAGUGGACUGCACACAAUAUCGUUCCAUUUGCCAGGACUUUGAAGUGAAAGGCUAUCCCACAUUGCUGUGGAUUGAAGAUGGCAAGAAGAUUGAAAAAUACUCCGGUGCCCGCGACAUGGUAACGCUGAAAGGCUACGUUGAGAAAAUGAUUGGUACCCCAAGUGGUGGCAGCAAUGAUCUAAAUGAUGCCGCAAAAGAUGCAAAAGAUGCGAAAGAUGAGGCUAAAAAGCAAACUGUGCUACAGUUGAAUGGCAAUACGGAAUUCGAGAAGGCAAUUGCCGAGGGCAUUGCGUUCAUCAAAUUCUAUGCACCAUGGUGUGGUCAUUGUCAAAAGCUGCAGCCGACUUGGGAGCAGCUGGCAACGGAAACGGUUACCAGCGAUUCCGGCAUUGUUGUUGCCAAGGUUGAUUGCACAUCGCCGGAGAACAAACAAAUCUGCAUAGACCAGCAAGUGGAGGGUUAUCCAACGCUCUUCCUCUACAAGAAUGGCAAGCGUCAGAAUGAAUACGAAGGCAGCCGCUCAUUGCCGGAACUGCAGGCGUAUAUCAAGAAGUUCAUCGGACAUGACGAACUUUGAGCUGUGUAUAAUCAUCAAAUGAAGAACAAAAUCACACAUAUUCGAAUGUCAUCGCCAAAGUAACAUAAUUACUCUAUGUUCGAGCCAGCUCCUCUUUUAGCUCCUGUGAGGAUAUUGGUUGAUAGUCGUGCCAUUUGGAACGAGUAGUCAUCCAUUUAAAAAACAAGAAAACAAAAAAACCAAAUGUUUGAUACAAAUUUAAUUUAAUGUGUUUCUCGAUAAACAUGUUUGUUCUGAUCCAUUUUUUUCUUUCUCUUUAUAAUUUUAAAGUUUAGUUCACAUGUGCCAAAUAUCUAGGAAACAAUCAAUCACAUUUUGAAUUUAAUAGCCUUGAAGUAGAACAAUUUAUAAAAUUGCAGCUAUUUAUGUACUAGAAAGCAAGAAUACGAAUAUUUAAAGGAUAUCUGGCAUGUUUGAUCUCAGCUUUACUCUUCCACAUUAAAAACUAAUUCUAGUUUAAUUCAAUUUGUGUAAUAAUUUUAGCUCAAACAAAAUUAAUAAAUACCAAUUUGGGAAUGGAUUGUCUUAA